AUGUUUAGUGCUGAACGACCAGAUGAUGCUGAAGCUACCAAAAGAGUGACUCUUCGAGAGAAUCUUGAUCAAGAUAAUGCCUUUGAGCUAACAGCAAAGGAUAGGAGCUAUGAUAAACAAUAUUUUCUGAUGUAUAAACGCCGUUUGGAAAUUCUGAAAGAACGUACCCUGAAAGAAUGUCAAAGGCGAUGGGAUGACCACUUCACGUUGAAUGGUAAGCAUGUUGAGAUGAGGAAGAAAGUACUGGAUAUCCAGGGAAAUGAACCAGUUUGGGUGAUUGGUAGCGUGUAUUGCGAAAUGAAAUAUAAACCGAAUAUUCUCGAAGAAGUGAUAAAUGAUGUCUAUGGUGCUCCAGAUCUUACCAAGAGUUAUACUGAUCCUGAAGGUAGUGAUGAAAUCAUGCUGGAAGAUGAAAGUGGUCGUGUUUUACUUGUGGGUGAGAAUAUUAGGGCGACGCCAUUUGUUACUGGCGCAGUUAUUGGUGUGCUAGGUAUGGAGGCAGACGCAGGAACUUUCCAGGUACUUGAUAUCUGCUACCCAGCAGCAUUACCACAGAAGUCAUUGAGGUUAAGCGUACCGAAUGGUAGUAAGAAAAAGAAGAUUGCGUUUGUAUCGGGACUUGGUAUCAACACAACGUCUCCAGGCAACCUGUUAAAGCUACAAUUGUUACAGGAAUAUUUAAUGGGUCGUUUGGGCCCGGUUGAUGAAGCCUCUCAGAUUGGUAAACUUAUAAUUUGCGGCGAUUCACUAUCCUUCACGUUUGAUGAGGGAUCGAGCGGCGAACUGGUCAAUUGCUUGGAAACUUUCGGUGAUUUUCUCAGUAACGUCCUCCAGUCAAUUCCAGUGGCUUUGAUGCCUGGAGCCAGCGAUCCCACUAAUAAAUCUCUACCACAAGAACCUUUCCAUAAAGCGUUAUUCCAAAAAUCGCUGAAAGACCAUUUCGAAGAGAUCAAUCGCAACAUCCUCGAUUUAGUCACUAACCCUUACAGAUUUCAUAUUGAGGGACUGGAGAUCUUAGCUUUAGCAGGUCAAAGUAUUAACGAUCUCUGCAAAUACGUCAUCCCCGCACAAGGUAGUUCACAAGAUCAGGAUACGCUAGAACAUAGACUGGAUUUGAUGGAAUGUACGAUGAAGUGGCAAAAUAUCAUACCCACUGCACCUGACACUUUAUGGUCAUAUCCUUACUCAGAUGCUAGUCCAUUCGUGUUGGAUGAAUGGCCUCACGUUUACGUGGUAGGAAACCAGCCUUCCUACGGCUCCAGAGACCUCGAAAUGCAUGGAAAGAAAGUCAGACUAAUAUCAGUCCCCAAAUAUAGCUUAAGUGGUAAUGUGGUAUUGUUUGAUCCGGCUACUUUCGAGACCGAGAUUAUCAAUAUCGAAGUAUGA